AUGGCUUCUGAGGAGCCUGCACUUAUAACGGACCCCAGUCAAAUCGAGGAAUUUGGCCUCGCACGCGGGCUCUCCAACCUCUCCGUGGAUAUUUCGGACCCCAGACCACCUUCGCUACCCUUAACACGACACAUCAAGCUGGUUCUCCUCCAGCCUCUCGCCAAGCCCGCGAUGUUGGCGGCCUGCCGCAACCCUUCCUCGGCACUCACCUCGAUGACUGUCUCCUCCGGCGACGGCACGUAUUCCACAGCCCCGGGCAACGAGUACCUCAACCUCAGGGUUCUCGACAAAGCGUGGCGUAAGGCCGUCGGCGCGGUCCUACCCGUGUCAUUCAUCACCUUUGACCUGAGCCUUCCGCAGCCGUCACCCGGCAGCGAGGCAGAAGAGGGGGACGGCUCGGUCCAGAGGGUCUACUGGGACGUUUCUCCUCCAACCAACGUCAAGGCCAUCUGCAUCCCCGUUCGGGACGUUUUGCGGCUAGUCAACACCAUCGCCACCACAGCGCGUAUGCGGACGCGCGAAGACUUGGGGUUCGACGUCGUGUACGAGAACGGGGACCUCGCACCAUCGAAUGCCAUCACGUUGUUGCGCAAAAAUCUUGGAGCCAUCGCCGAGGCACGGCGCCCAGGCGAAUCGGGUGGGCAGCAGGGCGAGGGGAGUCACACAGCGUCGCCUGGGACUGCGGCGUGA